AUGAGCAAUUUAAAAAAGGAAGAAACUUAUCAAAAUGGCGAAAAGGAAGUAACUGAAAAGACGGUAGACUUGACGAAUGAAGAAAGCCCCAGCGAAUCGAUGCCGAAGAAAAAAGUCACAAAGAAAGUCAGUUUCCUCCUUGAUGAGGAUGGGGCAAAUGCGAAAAAAGAAGACGUAAAGAUGGAUGGCGGCUCUUUGGAGGGACACCAAAAUGGGGAUGCUUCACACACAGCCACGGACGAGGGGAAGCACAGUAACGGUCAGCAACGUGAUGAUAAGCAACGUGAUGCCCAACCAAGUGACGAUAAGAAGAGUCACUGCAAGGCGAACGACUUUGUGAAAAUCAGUUGGGCACAGUGCGGCAGCAGCGGUGAACGAAACGGUGGACGAUGCUGGGGGAAAGAAGAACACACCCCCAAUGGCAGUUUAUGCAACGAAAACGAGCACAACCUCUUCUCCAGCGAGGACAGCCAGAAUAGGCGAUUGCACACUCAGCUCAAGUUUUUCGCAGCACAGGAGACCCAGCACAAGCUGUUCGCUGCGCGCAGCAAACAGAACGAAUACAAGGACAAGGAGAAAGAGCCAAUGUAUGUCAAAUUCGACAAGCGUGAGUGCGCGAAGAAUGAGCAAAACUCCGUCUUUUUGAAGGACAAACUGCAGGGUGGCGAGAUUGACGAGAUGGCUGCGAAUAAAAAGAACGACGAAGGGGGAGAAAAAGCGGAAACGCAGAUUGAAGCGGAGGCCAAAAUGGAGGCCAAGAUGAAGGCCCAAAUGGAGGUUAAAACGGAACGCGCAGACUUCGAAAAGUCGUACAACGAGAGUCUAAAUAAUUUCCGUGCCUCCUCCUUCGUCGACAUUCUGAACUCCAUGCAGGGGGUUGGAAAAGGGGGAAACGGCAGGCCAAAUGGGGAAGCUCCAAAUGGGCUAAUACCAAAUGGGAAUACCCUCAAUGGGAAUGCUCCCCAUGACUUCCACCCCGCAGCUAACGGGAAGGACUACGAAAACGUGGACUCCGCGGUGAACCAACAAAACGACAACAUGCAACUGAUUGCGUGCAUCCUGUGCGGAGACAGCAUAAAGGCGAACACAUCCAAAAUGUGCAACAACUGCAUUUUACAAAACGUAGAAAGUAGUAGCAUCAACAUAAAUAAAGACACCUACCUGAUAUACUACUGCCGCGAGUGCAAGAGGUACCUACACAACAGGUGGGUAUAUUGCGAAUUGGAGAGCAAGGAAUUACUAGCCUUAUGCUUAAAAAAAGUGAAUAAAUUGAAAAAGCUAAAAAUAUUGGACGCAAAAUUCUUAUAUACAGAACCGCACAGCAAAAGAAUCAAAAUCCACCUCAGCGUGCAAGAAGAAUUGAUAAACAAUUUCAUCAGCGAGAUGGAGUUAAUUUUACAUUACGUAAUAAAAUACACCCAAUGUGAUGACUGCAAGAAGACUUAUACUCCCUACACAUACAACACUUGCGUGUCGGUUAGGCAGAAAGUGGAACAUAAAAAAACACUCCUGUUUCUGGAAAGCUUACUAUUAAAAUAUAAUAUGAACGAAAAUAUUAUUAACAUAGUGUCCAACCCGGAUGGCUUAGACUUCCAUUUUUUGUCACGAACAGAUGCCCUGAAAUUCUGCGAUUUCAUAUUAAGCAAGACCAUGUCAAAAUGUAAAAACUCGAAGCAUUUGAUAAACCACGAUGCGAAUAAUAACACGUACAAUUAUUUGUACUCAUUUUCUAUCGACAUCUGUCCCAUAUGUAAAUACGAUUUGAUUUUUUUCCCGAAAGAUUUAUCCAUCAAGUAUGGAAUCAAGAGCUCCUUCUACCUUUGCCUGCACGUGUCCAUAUUCAUCAUAUUGAUUAAUCCUUUUUGUUCCUCUAACUCUGCUCAUAUAUCGCAAGAGCGGUACAACAAGCACCCCUUCCUUCCCCUUCUGAGCGAGGCAGACUCCAAGGUCUUCCUCAUACUCAAUGUGGAGUACAUCGACAGCGACUCGUAUUCCAAGAAUGAGAGGAGAUGUGGUGCCUCGGCUAGCAGUGCCUCCGCAACCAGUGCCGCCUCUACCAAUUCCAGGUGUCGUGACUCCAUUGAAGACGCUGCGCAAGAGGAUAAUGUAUCCCUGAAUGGACGAGAGAAGGGAGCGUCAAACCGGUCGAUCCGAGCCAAGCAUAAAAACGUUAACUUGAAGAGGAAAACGAAAAAUUCGGUCAGCUCAAACACCGUGGAGGAAGUCUCCCCCGAUGACCUCCUCGAACUCAACGAAGACAACGGCUCACUCGCAGACACGAAGAGUUGCAAAUCCUCCUCGAGAAAAGUAAAGCUGGAUAAACUCGUCUACGCAUUCGUCGAGUUGUACGACGAAUCCGAGGGAAACACAAUACUCACCAAAACGUGUAACGCUGGUCAUUUAAAACCAGGAGAUUAUGUAAACGCAUAUGACCUAAGAAAACACACCUUCGACAAUGACAUCAGCUUAUAUUUAGAGAAAGAGGACAACUACAGCAUUAUCAUUAUUGACAAAGUGAAGCCAAAGCAGAGACACAAAAUAGAAAACGAAUUACAAGUCCAGAAUAAUAAUAUAGAAACCAUGAAGAAUAUUAAUGAUGACGAUCUUUUUAAGAGAAUCUUUCUGAACAACUGUGCUGGUAUGGAGAAUAUGACCAUCCGUUGA